AUGGAAAGUUCAUUCCCACUUCAUGACCACAUCCAGCAACAACGCCGUGCACUUUCUGAAGAGACAGUUUCAUAUGCAAUCUACUUUCCAAAGGCAACAAUAGAGAGUGCGGGAAGUGAAGCAGAACCCGACACUAAAACUCAAACUGAUCAGGAGCAGACUAAUGCGGCCGCUCAUUACUUACUUGAUUCAAUUCAUAUUGCAAAAACAUUCAUUUACUCGAUCGUCACUGAUUUGACCAAGGACUAUAUCUGGCAUAAAGAUGCAUUUUCACUACAUGUUGAGACUAAAAAGGAUACAUGCGAAAGUAGAGUCUGCGACUCCUUGGAUGAUGAAUGGCUGAUUGUAUCCUUAUUGAGAGAAAUCACUCGACGGAUACCAGGCACUAUUGCAAGGAUUCAAGAUAAUGAUGGAGAGUUCUUGUUGAUCGAAGCUGCGGAACAUAUUCCUUCAUGGCUAGAUCCCGAAAACAGCGAUAACAGAGUAUUCAUUCAUAACGGAGAUCUGCACAUCAUUCCGAUUGCUGUUACAGCAGAUGAAAAAAAGAUAUAUCCACCUACUCUUGGGACAAAGUCAGAAUCGCCGAAGCUUCAGGACGCAUUGGAGAUUAUCUGGACCUCUUCUUCUUCCUUAGCUGGCAAGGAUUGGAAUAGUUCAAAGUCAAGAGCACCUACAGUAGUAAUACCUACACUUGCCAGCCCUGCCAUACAACGGGCAGCGUUUGGACCUCUUUCAUCCCCUCUCUCAUCAUCUUCACUAAAUUUAUCAGCAGAUAAAGAUUUUGUAGCCAGGAAAAUUCAGGAACAAAAACAUUAUGCUCGUUGCCAAAUCCCAUUGGAUGUAGCCAGGGUCCUCAAGAUCCGACCGGAAUUGGUUACGAGAGCAUGCGAGGCGUUUUAUACAAGGGAUGCACUCGGCAUGGCAGCAUGUAGUCGUAUGGCAAAGUUCUUACCAAGAAAAUCCUCAAAAACGGCAUCAUCAGACAAGGAUGAUUUAGGAUCGGAGUUAGGGCAUGGGGUCGUCAAGCUGGGGAAAAAUAGCACGUUGUUUGUUACGACAAGUGUUUGCUUCACAAAGACUUGUUACGCACAACUGAUGGGACAACAAUUCCACCCACCCAAGAUCUGGGAUGGCAUUGUACCUCCAAUAAGUGUGGAAGAUGCAAACGAUCCGCAAAAACUGAAGGAGGCAGAACUUGGGAUGAAACUGACUUGCGGCUUCGAGAUCUUGUGCAGCCCAGAUUAUCCUGGAGAUUUUGGCUUCAAGAGCGGCGAUGAGAUUCAACUGGAGGAUUUCCCGUUUGCAACAGACAGUGGAUGGAUUGUAUUCAAAAACAAUCUCGCAGCUCGCCAGUACUUUGGAGACGAGCGCCCAGGAUCUCAAAAAUAUCAACAAUUGGAAGAGACUGCUAAAAGGCAAUUUUUAGAAAACAAGUCUGCGAAAUUGCGAGAUGAACAUCAAGAUACAUCAUACUAUGGCCAUGGAUAUCAUCCGGUUCAAGAAAUUGAGCGCAUUCUGAACAAUCAUAUUACAAACGGAUCGAUAGUGAACGAUCUGGUAGACGAUAGACCAGAUGAUGACGACUCCUGGAUGAAUGUAGAUCUACAGAUGCUGGAGGAUAUGAUGCGAGCGCGUGGAUUUGGCAACGACGGAAGGGUCGCAGAAUCCGGGUCUAAAUCUUCAGCAGAUAUAGAAAGGCCUUUUGACGGUGAUUUUGAUAUGCAACAGAUGCUAAAUCGGUUUGGGGAGUUUGUUCAAAAAGGUCAAGGUGGUGUCGAAGGAGCCGAGUUUUUAGAUGAGCAAACCGACAGUGAAGAUGAUGAGGAUAGUGAAGAUGAUUAUGUUGCCGACAACAGAGAUGGAGACGAGGCAGAAAAUCAAGAAAGCGUUGUACAAGAUAUAUUAGAUAGUAGCGAUGAUGAAGAUAUAUUCGCUAGCGACUAUGAGGAAAGGCAAGCCAGGAAACGGACCGCUCAGCGACAGCGUGCAUUCAUGUUUGGGAGUGAGAUGAUGAACUUUGAUAUUGGCGACACAGGAGAAGGAAAGGGAACUAAAGAGAAAGUGGAUACUGAAACUCAUGCAGAAAAUUUACAGCCUAUUGGCUUAGAUCGCGAAAAGUUCAGAGAAGCCUUAGAACGGAGGUUCGGCCAGAAUUAUAAACAACUCGCAAGAGGGAAAGUGAGCCAAAGGGAUGACGAUGAAGAGAAGGAUAUAGAUAUGGAUGAUCAAGGUCUUCAAGAAUACAUGGAUGCCUUGGACAUAGAAUUAUCGGCCACCAAGGUUGGGGAGUCUUUUGAAAAGAUGUCAGUAGGAGUAUCUGCUGCAUCAAAGACUCAACCUAAGACAGACAAAGGCAAAGGAGUCUCACGAAUCUCCGCUACCACCAUAACACCACAAUCGGAAAAGAACCUUGAAGAAUUAGUGAAAGAAUACGCUGAACGUUCAAGGCGAGGUUUUGGUCGACAUGGUGGGCCAUAUGGAUACGAUCCUGCCGCAAUGGCAUUCGCAGAUGAUGACGAAGAAGAAGAGCCUUCGGCAGCGCGUGUAAGCACCGAUGACGAAGUUGGUGAUGAAAUAAUAAGCGACGUCGAGAAAGAAGAGGAGCGAGUAGUCGUAGAUGAGGAUUUAAAUUUAGCCAAGAACUUGUUGGAGAGUUUCAGGAGUCAGGGUGGAUUGCCAGGACCAGCAGGAAACAUCCUGUCCCGGCUUGGCAUCAUGCUGCCACGAGACGAAGCUGAUGAUGAGGAUGAUGAGGAUGAUGAGGAUGAUUAG